AUGCACGCUCCGUUGGUGAAGUGGCGUCGGCAUAACCUGCCCGAGGGCCGCGUAAGAUCCGGUCGCUUGCUCCCUCCGCAGUUGUCGCUCGCCGCCCGCCUGUUGUCCGCGAUCCUGAAUCUCGACAUGGGAGGCACGCGCCGCUUCAGUCGCAGCCGCAGCCGGUCGCCGGCGCGCGGGGGGGCGCACCACCGAGGGGAUCGAGAAGAUCGACGAGGCCACGGAGGCGGGUCUUGGCAGACAGGCCGAAACAGGCACUUUGGGGCGAAUGGCCGAGGCUCGAAGAACGCCGGGGACUUUGCGAACUCUCAGCAGCCGUUCUACGGGGGUGGAGAUUAUUCGCGGAGACAUGGAGGCGGAAACAAAUUUGGGAGAUCUGCAGGGUAUGGAGAGGCUGGGGGACGGGCAGACUACGAAAACAGGCAAGCAGGACGGGCCGUGAUCUCCGAGGAAGAAGAACAAGAGAGGAUGAUGGCGGGCCCGAUGAUGAACUUCAAACAGUUUGUCAUGACUCGGCCAGACCACUGCACGCAGAAACAGCUGUCCCAGGACUAUGAGAAUUACGUCGAGCAGUAUCGAGAGUACCACGCCAAGCUGUUCUUUUCAAACCACAACAAAAACGCGUUCAUGAGGGAAUUGUACCACCCGAAUCUUGUUCGGCGCCAAUUCGAGUUGCUGAAGGCUCGGGCGAAGAACGUCGCUCGGGUGUUUGUCGAGCAGACCGUAGACGUGGAGCCGUCGGUUGCGUUCGAGAUGGAAGAAGAAAAUGGAGAAGACGAAGAGAUGGAAGAUGAAGAAGGAAAGCCCAAGCCGCGAUCGCGCCGAACUGAAUAUCCCCAGCCGCCCUAUUUGCUCCUUCCUACGACCGGGUGUCUCAUGAUCCGGGAUGUUGAUCCUGCAAUCUCCAAGUUUGAUAUUCACGAUGAGUUAGCUAAGAAAGGAGCGAUCUAUGUUGGAAUGGCUGAGGGAGGCAGCCCCGUGGAAGCAAGGACGGCUUUUGUACUGUUCCCUGAUGAGGAGACAAAACAAGCAGCCGUGGAGAGCAUUCCCGAUAUGACGAUCAAGGUGACGAAGCCGAUGAUUACAAUCACACAAAGUGGCGAUGAGCAGGAGACUCUGAAGGUUAUUUCUUUGACACUGUCGGAGCCCCCUAAGCCGACUGCGUGCGAUGUGUCUGUCGCGCCGCCAGCUGUUUGUACACCACACCGCAUUCAGAAGGAUCUAGACAUUUCUAGGAGUCUCAUCCUUCACCUUGACGAGCAACUGGGAGUCUGGGACGACGCGGAGACGAACCCGUUUUUGUCUUCCCUGUCUGAAGAUAUGCACGAGAAACAGCGCCUUGACUUGCAAAUCACCUACUUGCGUCACGUCCAUUCGCUGUGUUACUACAGUGGCGAGUUGUGCAAGGAUUCGGUGGAGUUGAACACAAAGUGCGGGGGAGCAUUCCUCCGACCCCAUAUUCCUCCCUCUUUGCAGCACUACAUUGAGAGCGCCUCGGGGGAAUACGAGGAUGAAGAAAGCGAGGAUGAAGAGGAUGCGUCUGUCUCGACAAAUGGGACGAAAGGGCGGAAGCAGGGAGGCAAAGGUGGCAGCAGAGCCAGAAGCAUAAACAGUACCGAAAAUGACAGCGACGCUCCGCACACGCUCGAACACGACCAUAAUAUGGAAGAAGGCGGUGGGAACGGGACAGUAGGAACCGGGAAUCACGACGACACGCGCCGGUGCACGUCAAGAUCUCAGCGUCGAUGGAUAAGACAGCUGGAUAGCCGUCUCGAAGGACUGCUAAACACAACCAAACAGCUAGGUGCUCUUCUCCCCGCGGCUAUUGACGAAGAAACUCCGGUGAUCAAUAUGAAGUGGACAGCUUUCUGCCACGAGAAAGUGUUUGAAGACGACGAACACAAACAUCGCUGCCGCCUGUGCAACAAACCAUUCAAGGCGCCCGUAUUCGUCUUCAAGCACCUUCGCAAGAAGCACGAAGAGGAGUUGGAUCUUAUCAUUGAUAAGUACGCAAGUAUUAUCAUGAAGGAUCUCUACAUGAAGGACCCAAACAAACCUAUCGUGUUGCCUCGGGAGUCGUCGAGGAACAGCGUGGGAGACGAUGGGGCACCCUACCAGCGGCGCUCUGAUGUGCCUUUUGCGUGGUCAUCCGGCUCCGCAGUCCACAGUUCAGCAGCGAUGGCCUCAGGUUCGGGCACUGUGGCUGCGGGGUAUUCUGUCGUCAGUCCCUACGGCAUGGUCGUGGUCCCGGCGCCUCUUGCUGGAGGCGCGGUGUAUGCGGUGCCGGCCGGGAGAGGCGCUGCCCAUUCCGGGGGCGUGAUGCUACCGCCGCCUCCACCUCCGCAGUAUUACUCUGGCGGUGGAGGACCGCUGGCAGGUCCAGUGUACGGCAAUGCCGGCGGCCAUAACAGGCGGCGGCCGGACUGGGAUGCGCCGGAGCCACUGCCGUCUCCCACUUUCGGCUCUCAGGCAAAAGCAGGAGGAUCUCGGGCGUUGGCAAGCUAUGAUGAUCUUUGA